CCGCUGACAGCCGCCGGCGGUCAUCAAAUCAUCCUCCAACCCUCCAAUCCUCCAUCUAUUUUUCUAAGCUCUCUCCGCCGACUCUUUUUCAAGGAUGCGAUUCUUGUACCGCCGUCUUUAAUCUUUGCAAGUCAUUGAUUAGCUGCUCAACAUACGGUUCAGAUGAAGAAUUAUAAUUUAGGACGUUUGCAUGGGGUGCGGCUCUGCUAGCUCAUUUGCAUGUAGAGUUGGAGACCGCUAGUGAAAGUUCUUUGGCUGGGCAUUCGUACUCUUUAAUGAUUUGGGCCUUCCUCCAUAUCCCAAAACUUCUAAAGCUCUUGCCAAACACUGGAAGGAAGGGGCCGGAUGAAUUUCCCUUGUUGGUACAAUGGACAAAUUGGCUUUCGCUGGAUUUGAAAAAUAAUUUCCAUAAAAACCUGAAAAGCAAAUUUUCUGACAUCUUGGAUAACUUGAAGGACGAAGAUAUUGUAUGGCAACCUUACAAGAAUCUGCAAAAUCUGCCAAAUGAUCAUCCUCAGCACCGUGAGAACUUUUUAUGUAGGACUGUACUCAUUUGCUAUAACGAGGUGGUAUAUCAUCGUCCUGAUUUAUGUCCAAAGCAGUAUGGCAUUGAUAAACCAGAGUAUAGUGGUGUACGGAAGGAGAUUGCCAUUUAUAAGAAGCAGAGGAAACUUUCAGGGGAGAUUGAUUGGUCCAAGUAUACUAGUGAAAAAGGGAAGGUUGACUAUAGUAAAUAUAUUCAGGAGUGGAAACAUCGGAGCGAGUCCCUUUUGAAAGAAGCUUUAGGAGUUGAGGAGCAUUCUGGCCCGACUUUGAGUUCUACACCAUCAAGUAUAGGGAAUGUAAGAUAUGAUUGCUCAAACACUCAUUUUGAAGAUGAUGAGCCUGAAGUUGAGCCUUUGCAGCCUCCCCCAUCAGAGGAUGCUACUCCCCGGACGCAGGCGGAUGCUUCUCCCAAGACGCCUGAUGAUGGUCAUGGUAGUGGUGGUGAAGAGAUUACGUGGAAUACGUUUUAUUUAGCCUUUAGCGGACAAGCACACCACAGCACUGGAUAAUCCGAAUGUAGAGCAGAUAUUCUGGGAUCCUGAGGACCAACACAAGUAAAAUUGGAACAAGGGACGGUGACAACAGUACUUGAAAGAAAAGGGCAGUAUCAAAGGAGUGAUCUGCAAAAACAAGUAAGGAGAGGAGUUCAGAACAUAUGCUCCACCCUUAACAUGCUGAAAAGAACGUACUUCUUCUCUCUUUGCUGAAAAGACUAUAGUGGCACUUCUACAGUACCUAAAGCAGAGUCUUAAGUAGAAAACCCGAUGGUAGCUCAAAUGAUGCCUCUGCUUCAAGUGGUGGUGAUGCAGCCAAUCCGAAUCAACAAAAAGAAGAAGAUGGUGAUGAUGUAUUUUCGGAUAGUGAGGGAGAGGAGUCUGGGGAUAGAAAGGGCAGGCUAGCAGAAGCUAAUAUCAAAGCUGGGACUAUGUCACCUGAUCAUUCGUCCAACACAACAGGAAAGCAAAUGGAAACUUCAGCUCAAACUGUGGAUAAUCCAGGCAAUGGAUCUUCCCAAAAACAAACUUCUGACAGGGCAGGAAAUUCUGGAGUAGAAGAUAUUAGAGCAAUAGCUGCUGAUGCGUCAGUUUUCUCUUUUGGGGAUGAAGAUUUUGACAGUGAAUGAAGCCAUUCAACCUGACUGAUGCUCAAAUCUGUAUCAGAAACACUAGUGUACAAACCUUCGAAACAAAAUGAUAGUGUUCGGAACGAUCAUAGGAAUCAGAUGUUGGUUGAAUUUUUUGUCCUUGUUUAUAUACCUGAUGUUGAUUAAAUUAAUUGUCUCCCGCAAAUUUUCAC